CUGGACGCUGUCAUGACCAAAGAAGAGCUGCAAAAGUCAAAGGAACAACUGGAGGAAGAGAAGCGGGCCAUUCUUGCCCAGCGCAUUCAACCCCUUGUGACUGAAGGUCUGAGCGUGGAGAAGCUGGCAGAGAAGGCCCGGGAGCUCAAUGAUCACAUCAGACGUCUGGAGGGAGACAAGUAUGAUCUGGAGCAGAGAUUUAAAAGGCAACAGUACGACAUGAUUGAACUGGCCGAGCGCUCCAGACAGCUGAACAAGGGAAAAGCCAAACGUGGAGUAUCUACAGUCCAAGUAGAUGAAUCAUUUGAUCGUCUGGCGGACAAGUUUACCAGCGCUCCACCGAAAAUCCAGUUGUGCAGCAAGUAUGAGCGCCACACUGACCACCGUUCUUACAAAGAAAGAAUGGUUCUGUUCGAGGAGCUAAUCAUUCAAUCAUUUAAUAAUUCCUUCCUUCAUUCAUUGAUUCAUUUUUCAUUCAUUCAUUCAUUCAUUCAUUCAUUCAUUCAUUCAUUUAUUCAUUCAUUUCAUUUUUCCAUUCAUUACAGACACUUUAUACAGUUUUUUUUUUUUUUUUUUAAAUAUUUAAAAAAGCAAACAUAUACAAUGUAUUGCCAAAAUCGGUUGCCUGACAUACUUCCUUGUAUAUCACCGGGGCCAUAUUACAUAGUGUAA